ACAGUUACUAGUAAAUAGAGUUAUCACUGUCUCAAAUAUAAUGAGAAUAAACGUAGGCCUAUGUGUUUUUGAGACGUGAAAGAUAAAGAUAUUAAAUACAACCCUAAUCACGUUAUGGGUUGUGGUUCAUCUUCAAAGGGUGGCGGAAAGGUCAUUAACCAAGCUGUUGCUGUCCCCCUAACUCCACCAUACGAUGGACCUCAAGUGGAAUACCAAUUCGUGAAUACUCAAGUCGGCAUGACCAUGAAAAUGUUCGCCUUUUCGGAAGGAAGUGAGAUGGCCUCUUCAGAUAUUGAUUCAUUUUAUCCAGCACUCUCUUCAAAAAUGGCGGAAGGGUACCAUCUUGUAGAUUACAGGAACAUACCCGGCCAAACGCAGACGGCAUUUCUUUCGACUACAGCCAAAUUCCCGUAUCAGGGGAUUUUUAUGAAGAGACAAGAUGAACCGAACCAAUCCUUUAAGCUGUUGAUAGAAAAAUCCUCCGUUCAAGCAACUAGAAUUCGUGGAGGUCUCAUUCCUUCAUUUGGUGCAGUUGAGAAUCAAGGAGAUUGCAGUCAUUUAAUAGCUUCAAUAGCAAAGCAUACACAAAAUGGCGGACGAUUUGUUUGUAUGGGCACUUCUGGUCAAAUGACAUCGUCUGGUCUUGGUAAUAUGCUUUCGGGAAAAACGCCUGUUUGUGGUGUGGAUCUGUUCUUUGAAAUACCAGACGGACCAAGUGAAAGCUAUGUUUAUCAGACAGUCAUGGUGCCACUGCAGACCUCCACAAAGGUUGGCUUUGGAGGAGCGUCUUCUACGGUUAAUUGUGAUUGGAUUGGAAGUUUUCAGGGACCUUUAUCUCAAGGGUGGAAGCUAGUCAGCAUUUUCUUUGAUAUGUCAACAUCAAUGAAUAUGCAAUCGUUAACCACGUCCAAUGCCAACUUUAAUACGUUGUGGUUUUGUGAGAAACCGGCAGCCGUCGUGAACGACCCGACUCCACGUUAUGAGGGCAUAAUGAUCGAAUUUCAAUUUGAUAUGAAAGUGGGUUUCACAGGCACAACAAGCUCCGUCAGCUGGGAACCUAAGAUUUUAGAAAUGGGGAGAAACGGGUGGGAAUUGGCAACAAUUUUGAAUUCUCCUGGUGUUCAAACGGCUGGCUUCGGUAAAGCAGCUUUAAAACUAAUGAUGUUUUUUCAAAGAAAAAUAUUACGAUAAUAAUAUAGGUAGGGUUUCUACUAUUGUAUCGUUACUGUAAUAACUAGAGUUGUAUUAGAGUUAACCCGGGUCCCUAAUCUGAUGUUUGGGUUAGGAUCCGGGUUAAAAAAUUAAAUUAAAUUUUAAGAUUGAAACCCAUAGAUGGGGUUCUUCUUUUUUACUGUGAUAAAUCUACGAAAUAUUGAGCCUAUAACGAAACGUUAAAUCGAGAUCAAGCCCUCUAUUAAAUAUGACUUAUCCCGCUUAAUCAGAUAUUCAAGUCAGGAAAAAGGUUAGGAAAUCAAAUGUUAAAAUUGAAACCUACGCUUAAUAACGUAAUUAGCUCCCUA